AUUACAGGAUGCAACAUGUUUAAAAAUGUAAAACUGCAACAACUCAAAUCUAUUACUAUUACUAGUAUUUAUUUUUAUUUUAAAAUCUAAUUCUAAAAUGUGCACAAUAUAUUUUUCCACAAAUACUGUGURGUUAUGCGUGUGUUUUAGUGCUGCAGUGUUUAGUAGGUCAAGAGUUAGGUGCAAGUUGUGAUCUGAUAUUUAUGGUUGGGGGACUAUAAAUAACUGGGUCAUGUGUUGAUGUCCUGAGAAGCCCACCAGCUACAUUGAUGUGAACACUACUGAGGGAGGGAGCACAGCCAGUUCGAUAAAGCCCCUUGUGCACUGACUGUUUUGGACUAACAGAUGAGCACGGAAACAGAAGUUGACUUUUAUCAGUCGGAGGAUGAACUGGAUGAAGAUGAAGCCACACAAUACAUAAUUGAACAAAGUCUGAUUCAGUAUAGAAAACUCAAAGGGCUCAAUCCAAGUGAUCUGGAACCCAGCAAAGACCCUGAUGAGAUUUUYAAAGCCAUCAGAGAGGGUGACGAGGUUGCACUCAGCUGGUUGACCGUGCAACUUGAGACUCUGUCCAGAGUUGAUGAGCGAGGAUGGAUCCCCUUGCAUGAGGCUGCGGUAAAAGAUAACAAAAGUAUCCUGGAGAUGAUCUUUUCAGCAUCGCCCCCAGGGGCAGCUCAUUGUCGCACGCUGAAGGGUGAGACACCCCUCUUUCUAGCUGUAGUUUAUGGAUUUCGAGAGAAUGCCACAUUCAUGUUACAGAACGGCUGCAACCCAGAUAUCCAAAAUGAUGAGCAGGAUUCGCCAUUAGUUGCAGCUAUUCUGAACGACCAGUAUGACCUGGCAACACUUUUGUUACGCUACAAUGCUACAGUUGAUCAAACAGGACCACUGAACAGGACAGCUCUGCAUGAGUCCGCCUUCUUAGGUUUGGAAAACUUUGUGCGUUUAGUGUUGGAGUCGGGCGCCAACCCAAACGCACUUGACAUCAAAAAGAAAACUCCACUGGCUUUGGCUGCACAGAACGGACAUCUGAAUGUGGUGGAGGUUCUGUUACAAAAAGGAGCCCAUGUGUGGUUGGAAUCAGAGUCCAAUACUGUUUUGUUUGAUGCAGCAGCAUCAGGAAACCCUGACAUCAUCUCCUUGCUGCUGGACCACGGAGCAGAUCCCAACCUCCCUCUUUACAGUGGUCACCUUCCAAUUCACCGCGUGGCGUACCACGGACACAGACUAGCACUGGAAGUCCUCAUCCCAGUGACCGAGAUGCAGGCCGUGAAGGAAAGUGGGAUGAGUCCUCUCCAUUCUGCAGCUGCUGGGGGACAUGCUCAGUGCGUAGAGAUUCUGCUCAAAGCUGGCUAUGACCCAAACUUCAUGCUGCACCCAAGGGUGCGCCGCGGUUACGACGAAGAUCGCAGGUCUGCCCUCUUUUUUGCUGUGUCCAACAACGAUCUUCACUGCACCCGCUUGCUGUUGGACGCGGGAGCAAUGGUGAACCAGGACCCUAUCAACUGUCUACAGGUGGCGCUCCGACAGGGCAACUAUGAACUCAUGAACAUCUUGCUGAGAUAUGGAGCAAAUGUCAACUACUACUCCCGGGUCAACUCCACCCACUUCCCCUCAGCUCUGCAGUAUGCAUUGAAAGACGAGGUCAUGCUGAGAAUGCUUCUGAACUACGGUUAUGAUGCCAAACGUUGCUUCGACUGUCCAUUUGGAGACAGUUCCCAUGACUGCGCUCCUUGGACAUCCUCUGUCAUCAAAGACAUGGUGUUCUGUGAGGUGAUAACAGUGUCUUGGCUGAAGCACUUAUCUGCUCAGGUGGUGCUCAUCAUGCUCGACUACACGGACCAUGUCUCCUUCUGUCCUAAACUUAAACAAACCUUGCAGGAGCAGAAACAAUGGCCAGAAAUCUGUCAUAUUCAAAGAAAUGCACGAAGUCUGAAGCAUCUGUGUCGGUUGCGGAUAAGGGAACAUCUCAGUCUUUUGCGGUUGAGAGCUCCAGUUUUCAUCAACUUCCUUCCGCUUCCUCCCAGGUUGAAAGACUACCUACGCUUCAAGGAGUUUGAUGUUUACAGCAGGGGGAGCAUGGUCAACCUCUAAUGGCAACACCUUUAAAGAUGUUACUGAUAUCUGGGUUAUGUAAGGACAGAUAAGGUCCUCGUAAUAUUGUGUUAUCCUUGUUGUUUUUUGUUUUUAAAUGAYGUUUUCUGAAGUA